GUGAACAUGAUACCUUUGCAAAUCCAGAUGAGACGCCACACUAAGCUGAAUCCAUUUCACUGAGGACACACUGCUCCUAGAGUCCGUCCAGUCCUCUCCUCUCCUCCUGCUGCCAUGGCCAGACGCAAGGCAAAGAAACCUCAAGACGACGACACCUCCAUAUUGUUGGAGUCAACAGUGUCGCAGUCCAAGAGGAGGAUAAACUCCUAUGUUGCUCCAGCUUUGGUGUUCAUUAUCAUCUUCACAGUCUGUAUAAUGGGGUGGUUUUGUAUACAGCAGCAGUCCAGCCUCGACCAACUGUCAGGGACUUUUACAACAAUGCAGAAGAGAAUCACAAACCUGCAGCAGGUGAUGGAGAUGACGGACUCACAGCUUGACACAGGGUUCGGUUUGGAGGAGAGGAUCUUUGCCCUGGAGGAGGCGCAGAAACAGGCUCAGGAGAAAGCUGAAGUCGCCCUGGCAACGUCAGAGAAGUUAAAGAACUCCGGUUACCACUCGCAGCUUUCGGCCCUUCAUGAUGAAAUGGACACUCGACUGACUGAGAUAAAGCAGGUCACCCUGUCAGUCACAGCUCUCCAAGCCAUGUUCAAGAACCAGAGUGAGAAGUUCGAGGCCAUGAAGAAGAGCGUAGUGGCUGGUUUGAGCUCCAGCUCAGCACUGGCUGAAAGUGUUGUUAGGCUGUCUGCUACUGUGUCCAGUGCAUGCUCCAGAAUUGAUAAACAGGUUGCGUCAGUGGAGGCGCUUAAUGCACAAUUAGCAGGACAAGCCUUAGAGCUGAGUGAGCUGAAAGAGUCAAUGCACCUUCAUAAUGUUGCACUUCAUACAAACAACCAGGAGAUGGCUGCAAUAAAGGAGCUUUCUGAAGCUAAGCAGGCCAUGCACGCACAGGCAUUAGAGGAGAUGCUCAGGUCUGUGCAGACGACUCUGGAUGAGCAAUUUUCCACUUCACAGACUGUCCGCAGCAGCGUCAUGGCUCAGCUGCAGACUUUUCACACCCAGUUGGCGAAUGCUCCUUCCUGGGCAGUUAAACCCAAGUCAAAUGAGGAGGACCAAGCAGCAGAAGAGUUAAUCUUCACUACAGCACAGAAUGUCACUGAGGUGCAGGAGAUGAUAGAAGAUGUUGAGGAGGAGCAGGAGCAACAGGAUGUUGAGGAUGAAGCAGGAGAGGACGUAAAGGAGGAACAGGAGGAGGAGGCCGAGGAGGAGAAGGCUGAGGUGGAGGAGGACGAGGAGGAGCAGGAGUACGAGGAGGAGGAGGUGGAGGAGGAUGAGGAGGAGGACGAGGAGGAGGCUGAGGAGGAGGAGGAGGAGGACGACGACGACAACGUCGAGGAGGAGGCUGAGGAGGAGGAAGACGAAGAGGAGGACGAGGAGGACGAGGCUGAGGAGGAGGAAGAUGACGAGGAGGAACAGCCACUGGAACAGGAAGUGGAGGGGGGCACUAUAGAGGAGCAGGAAGAUGACACAACUGCAGAAGAGGAGGAAGAAAUUACAGAAGAAGAGCAAGACGAUGAGGAAAUUACAGAACAGAGUGAGGAGCAGGAGGUGGAUGAAAGUGAGGAGGACGGGUAGUUGUAGUUGAAACGCUCCAGAAGAUUGAACAUUGAUUGAAGAUUGAAGAUUUAACAGUUAGCUGGCGAGAUUGUGAUUUUUAAGUCUUACUGAAGAUGAAUGGGAACCAUUUUUACAUGCAGCACGUUUUCUCACAAAGUGAUUUGUAUUAUUUGUUUUAUUCUUUAGGGUUUGGUUGUCUGACACAUAGGCCACAUCCACACUAAUACGUAUUCAUUUUAAAUUUUGGCACAUUUUAAAAAUUAAUCUCCGCCUAUAGUAAUACGCCAGAAAACACAUGACCAUUCAAGUACCUGCAUGCGCAUACCUGUGUAAACAUUCAGCAGACUGUCUACAGAUAUGGCAGAGAGUAAAACCAGAGAUUUCUUUGCUUGAACCAACAAAGAGGUGCAGGGGUUACUGAAAGUUACACAUAAGUACAAGGCAGUCUUUGCAAAGCAAACAGCCUACAGCAACAUAUUAGAACGGUACAAGGAUUAUUAUCCACCACCACAGGACGCCAUGGCGAUAUGAAAGGAGAGCCCACACAAGAGGGAUUAAAGAGUAAAAGGUAUGUAGACCUAGCUGUAAUGUUUUGGCUUGAUCCGCCGUGACUGAUAAGGUCCAAUCAGGAAGCCUGUGGGUGUCUGCCUCAUCAUUUUAAAGUCAGAUUAAAACACAUCCCCAGAGUUUGAAAACUAAAGUGUGGUCAGCAGCGUUUUCAAAAGGUCUUUGUUUUAGAGAUUCCAAAAGGCUAAAGGAGUUCAGGCGCUAGGCAUCAACGUGCAAUAGAGACAGAGCGCAGGUGCCUCCUCGACAUUAAAGCCUUCAAGCAAACAACAGAAAAAUGCCUAAAAGCCACUGUGUGAUUGGAUGGACUACCAACAUGGUAAAGAACCAAAUAAGUCUGUAUCAUCUGCCAAACUAAAAAACUGAGUCUCCAAGAAGACAAAAGUGAAUACAGGCAUGAGGCAUCAGCAGGAGGAAUGGGAAAACUGCUAAUUGCUAAUUGGACCAGACAAACUCCAGGGUUGACGCUAACUGAACUAAGCAGGCUUGGUUUUCAUCUCUGUGAGCUUAAAUGACGACCUUACCUGGUAAUAAGAUCAAAUAAUUGUGAGUAUAGGACUUCUGGCCAUUCGGUGGGAUCAUUUCUCCAAGAUAAGUAAUGUGAGGGGAAGAAACACUAAGACAGAUAUUACUGUGUUUGUGCUAAAGUAAUCCUUUGUCAUGCUGAAAUCUAAAAGCUAGCUACAGGCAUUUUACCUGUGUUGUUAGCCCUCAGCUCCCGGUGGGCAUGGUUUUCAAAGUGUGCCGCUGUCUCUAUGCUUAUGUGUCUUAAAAUGAAAACGUAUUAGUGUGGAUGUAGCCAUUGAUCGUGUCAGGUGAACUUUCCAGCACUAAUAACAUGAAGCAUUUCGUAGAACUUUGAUAGAUAGCUGUGAAGUCUACUUUCAGUCACAUUUUUUAGGGUUUUACUUACUUACUCUUAAUACACACAUGGUCUGGUUAGAAGUUGAUUACAGUUCAUAAAUUUAAGUCUGUCGUCUUAUAUGAAAUAUAAGGUGACAGAAAAAAAUGAAACCCAUACAAACGGAGGGUUUCGUGGCCAAACCUGAAAAUGACUGUACAAUAUCUGUUAAAGCAGCAGGUUACUGAUAGUGUUAACAUAAAUGACAUGAUUAUAUAAAGUAAUUUCAACAAACUUUCUCUGGCUCUGUGAAGCAGUGGCAUAUGACAGCAACUUUUUUUAAAUUGAAAUGAAAGUUCUGUAUUGUACACAUUUACAUAUGACAAGAUCAGAGUACGAGAGUAUAAAAUAUCAAUUGUUUUUUACAGUGUGAAUCAGAACAUGAAUGUGACUGUACUUUAAGCUUAUAAUUCAACACAAGAACACAUGUAGUGCCUCUCCAGGAAGUUAUUUAUGGUACCAGUGCACAUGGUGCACACAGGGAUACAUAUGAUUCCACUGGUACAUGCUGUUCUCUUGUCAUGAAGCUCUUUUGUGAAAAGGUUAAAGUAUUAUCUUCUGCCAGCAGGUGGUGCCUGAUAACUCCCAUAAUCAUGAAGAAUAAUCAACAUAUGUGAGAGGAACCAAGACAAGUUUUUUUCUCUACAGGAGGGGAUCUGUGAGUGGUUCCAUUUUUUUUUUUAUACGGGUUAUAAAGACAUCUAAAACAGGCAAUUCUAUUUAUAGCAACAUCUGCCUUCCUACUUUAGCCUCAUGUAGACAUGUUGUGUAGACCAGUUACCCCACAGUGACAUCCUGUGUGAUCUGACACUGAUUGAGAGACAACAGCAACCCCAUGUUCAGGCUGCAUUUUAAAGACAGUGUGAAUAAACACUCCAGUUGAUUUGUUAA